AUGAGAGAGCAAGAUAGGACAUUCAUUGUCUCUGGCGGAUCUUCUGGGCUUGGCCGGGCAACGGCAGGAGCUUUCGCUCGCAUAGGGGCAUAUGUUGCGAUAUUCGACAUCGCAGAGCCUGCCGACGCGAUCGUGGAAGAGCUCCCAGCCGACCGGGUAAAGUUCUACGAAUGGAAUAUAAUAUCCACGAGUAAUGUUGAAGGUUCUGUGCAAGAUGUUAUUGAAUGGAGCAAUGAGACUCAUGCACCCUUGGGUGGAAUUUGUUGCGCUGGUAUGCUAUCGCCCGGAAAGAUCAUCAGAUCAUCUUUCGAGCCUCUGGCUCUAUCAACUAUUCGAAAUGCUAUCAACAUAAGUCUUGUUGGGACAAUCGACCUUAACGAAGGCAAACGUGGGGUGUUCAUCAUGGUAUCUUCCGCUGCAGAGUACGAUGGGCAACCUGGUCAAGUAGUAUAUUCUGCUACUAAGGGAGCUAUUCGGUCCUUGACGCUACCCCUGGCACGAGAUUUGAGUCGGUAUGGGAUCAGAGCUGUGUCAAUUGCUCCUAAUAUGUUCUCCGCUGCUAUGAUCGCGAAAGGGAAAAUGCCUGAAAAGGCACGCCAGGCGAUCGAGCGCCACUUUGUAUGGCCAAGACGAGCCGGAAAUCCUGAUUAA